CGGCACCUCCCAGUAAAUAGUAAAAGCUCUCGCCAUGGCAGACAAAUUAAAUGCGCAGAAAAGUGUUAAAAUAGCCGCUGGAGCUGUUGUUUGUGUUGAAAGCGAAAUAAGAGGAGAUGUAACCAUUGGCCCCAGAACAGUUGUCCAUCCCAAAGCUCGGAUCAUUGCAGACGCAGGACCCAUUGUGAUCGGAGAAGGCAACCUGAUAGAAGAGCAGGCCCUGAUCAUUAACAGCUACCCAGAGAACAUCACUCCAGAUUCUGAGGUGGAACCAAAGACCAUGACCAUUGGUAUAAACAACGUGUUUGAGGUUGGCUGUGUAUCACAAGCUCUUAAAAUUGGUGACAACAAUGUGAUUGAAUCUAAAGCUGACGUUGGCAGGAAUGUGAUCCUGACCAGUGGGUGUAUCAUCGGAGCUUUCUGUCAGGUGAACACCUGUGAGGUCAUACCUGAGAACACAGUCAUCUACGGCUCUGGAUGUAUGAGGAGGGUUCAGACAGAGAGACCACAGCCCCAGACUCUCCAGCUUGACUUUCUGAUGAAGAUUUUGCCAAACUACCACCACCUGAAGAAAACUGUCAAAGCAAGCCAGCAAAAUUAAGUUCAAAUAUUGUUGCAGUACAGCAUAAAUGUACAUAUUUAUAUAUAUUUAGCUUAUCAAUAACCACUCCUCUUCUGAUAUUUUUUAACUUAUAAUAGAUGAAGCAUUUCUUUUUGCACAUUGCUGUCUUUGAAUAUUUUCUACAGAAAUGAAAAGUAAGGUCAAGUUAACGUACGGACUAAGACAACUGAGGCAGAAUUGUGUACCCAUGUAAUUUAUUAAAAUAAGUUCAAAAAGCCUUGUAUUCUAAACCAUUAUAUUAUGGUGCUGCAAAGUAAAAGCACUAACUCUUCUGCAAUUCCACAACAAGUAAAGAUGAAGAUGUUUCGUGCUAGGUGAUGUUUGUACAGUUCACCGCAAAUUUGGUUUAGGAAAAAAAUAAAUAAAUAAAACCAGGAUUCUUGGCGCUCAAAUUAAACCUUUCAAACAUCUUUUUGCUAUUAUAUAAAUAAAAUCAUGAAAGACA